GAAGUAGUCGGCUGUUUCUCCCUAUCACCCUCCGUUAUUUGACCGCCAUCUUGUUUCUCAGGCUUCAUGUUGUCAUGAGGGAUAUUGAGUGGAUGAUCCUGCGGGGUUCGCCAUCUUCCUGCUAACAUACCGUAAAAUAACGUUGACUGGGCCAUUCGAUGCUCGGAGGCUUGCCCCACGUCACAAGUGUUUGGUUGACUGUGCUUACUGUUAGGGGUGAGGACAGAGAGUGUGACUGGUUGGGAGUCCUAGGACCUGUGCAGUCUCCCACCUUGGGACCAUGCACUAAGACUUCCAAUGAUGGGGAGAGCCCAGGGAGAGUCCCCAAAAUCCAAGGACAGUUCCCUAUUACAGGGGACCCACCACAAAGACUUUCACACUCUGCCCCAUAGACACCAGGCCUCUCACAGCCUCCCACCUCGCCGCAUU